GCGGGGAGAACCUUAUCACACGCGAUAAUCCGAAGGACACGAGAUCAAAGUGCGCCCUGUAGGAGCCAACUACCAAUACGAACUGGAGGGCUUCUAUUUCCGCUGACCUUCCAUCACUCUAUUCAAGGUUUCAUCGUCUUCUUAGGAUAGGAAAGUGUCCCCAGGAGAGGGAUUGAUACCGAUAACCGAAAGGCGGGGAAGCGAUUAGCCUUAUCUCACUUCUCCACCACGGGGGGACUGCCGAUGCCUGCAUCUUGCACCUUUACAAGUGGGCAUUCCCGGCUGAGAAGAAGGUCUCGUCGAGGAGACAGCUUCUCUUCACUAUGCCUCCUUCUGUAGGGAAGUCCACAGCAAAGGCCAAGCGGGUCCCAGGACGGCGGACUCGUUCGUUUGGAGGAUGCGUUACCUGUCGCAGCCGUCGUGUGAAAUGCGAUGAAGGACGUCCUGGAUGUUCUAUGUGUAACAUUUCGGGUCUUGAUUGCGGCGGUUAUAGUAAAGACAUUUUCUUCGACUUUGACGAUCCCUCGUCAACAGGAAUCGCGCGAUUUCGAAGACCACUAUUAACGGACCAAGAACGAGAGCGUCUGAGCGAACAGAUUGCGCAAGAUGUUCCGCCAGAGCUAGCGGGUUGGCAUCUUUCUCAAAUUGACGAAGAAUCCGAAAAGGCGUCUCCAGACCUUCAGAUCUUCAGAGGACCUUUUGGGGCUUUUCGCAUUGCGCAACAAUUGUCCUCAAACCCCUUGGGUACUUUGAACGAGAUAAAUGAGGACGCAAUAGAGGGUCCACAGGUUCACGGCGCUGUUGAAGAAGAUCAAAUACUACUUCCUGACUUCGAUGACGACGUGGAAGUUGUCGCCUCAACACUCGACUUUGCGACUGGAACGACUCCUCGAGAUUCUCAGCAUCAAAUAUCAGCGGAACAUAACGCGCUUAUUCCUCGUACAGAUUGGUUGAAGACGCUGGAAAGCUUUCCUGUGAGCAGCUGGCUGGAUCCAGGACACUUCGAUCUCCCCGACUGGUGGGAUCCCGUGGCCAUGGGCAUUGAAACUGCCGUGCCUUGGAUGGGUGAAUCAGCCUCUGCGCAGAAGCCUCCUUCAUCAUUUGCACGGUCUUCUACAAUUGAGCUUGGAUCUCCAAGUCUUUACCUAUCACACCUUUCGCCUAGCUCAGGCUCUGUGUCAUCACAAAUUGACACAGAUGUACCGCGCGACGCUGUGUUACUAGUGAAGCAUUACGCGACAAUCGUGCUUCGAGGCUUAACUCCAUACCGCCACAGCAAGACACCAUGGCACGUCCUCUUUCUGCCUCAUGUCAAAAGCUGUUUAGCGGCAUUGACCCUUGGCGAGAAGAUGGACCACGCAAGUCUAUGUGCAUUCUACGGCACAUUAUCAAUCAGCGCCUUCAGCCUUGGAGGUAUUCAUGGCUCCACCAAAUGGCUAGACCAAGGCAAGGCAUACUAUCAACAAGCCCACUUUCAUGUUUGUCUUAUGCUCAAGACUGCAUAUGAUAUCCCCAAGACGGCAAAAUACAAGUCCAUACUCAUGGCUCUUUUGACCAUGGUCCAGAUUGCCAUACUCUCUGGCAAUCGGGAUGAAGCCGAAUACUUCUUCCUGGAAACGGAGAAGUUCAUCCGAACAAAAGGCCUGAACCGACGCAAAUCUCGAAAGGUCAGGUUGCUACAUCACUGCUAUGUGUUUGAGCGUCUAUCACACGAGAGUGCAUUUACUCAAAGCACACUGAACUUGGAUCAUCGUAAUCGCGUCCGCGAAGCGAUAGAAGCGAGCGGUGCCAGUGCUUAUAGUCAGGAUAGCUUGUCUUUCCGUCUUACCACGUGGAGUAACUUGGACCAGGAGAUGCACAAGGUUAAAGGCCAAGAAGAGGGCGAAAAUGACCUUCACCUUCAACAUCCGGGAAUAUGGUCGGCUACGCUUUAUCCUGAGAUCUUUGGCGUACCAGAGCUCCACCUCUUUAUGCUUUCGCUGGUCAUCCGGCUUGCACGAGAGAAAGAGCAGAACCAAGAUGAACUGAUUAACUCUGGCCUGACAUUGAAAGAGUUCAUGGCUCGAGCAAAGGCUGUUGAGCGGUGGAUAAAGCAGCUGCACGUGCUUCGCCAGUCAAUAUGGAUGGUUGAGGCGCCUGUUGAUCCAGAACACCAGCAGUCCGUCAACCUGUUGAACAGCUUGGCCGAUACAAUGCAGCACGCGCUUUCUGUGUAUUUUUACCGUAGGAUAUAUGAUCUGGACCCAAGCAUGCUUCAAAAGCAUGUUCUUGGCGUGCGCGACCGACUCCUCGAGUUUGAUGCAUCGGAUGCUGGAAUGGGAUACGGAUCUUUGAGACUGAUAUGGCCUGCUUUUGUUGCAGCUUGUGAGACUGAUGAUAAUGAUAUACGGGCGUCUUUUGUACAGUGGUUUGAAUGCGCUGCAAAGCGAAGUGGGCUGAGAAUAUUUACGGAAACGAAGGAACGUAUUGAGCGCAUAUGGAUCGGGAGGGACAGCACCGAUAGACAAAACGGGUUCAAAUGAAUAGGCGAAAUCGGAGACAAUAUAAAAUAGCUCCAACAUGAACUGGCAAGUCUCAUCUUGCAUGCUUCCAUCUGUG